CUGGUUUUGUAACUGACCAGGACCUAGAAAGCUUCAAUAAAGCAUGAUAGAUAGGUGAAACUCAUACAAUUAAAAAAGCUUCCAAAUAGCUCAAUUUUGAUAAUGAAGUUUUAUAAUUGAUUACGACAUCUAGAAGUUUAUGUUUUCUCAAAUAUGUGGCAACGAACUGGAAUCUAUUGCCAUCAGUUUUUGACAAAAAAAGUUAAGCUAUGCAAUAUUAGUCAUAAAAUCAUUACAAGGACAAAUAUCUCAUCUACAAGUGAUGAUGGUCUUCCAACAGAAGCUGACGUAGUAAUAUGUGGUGGUGGAGUGAUGGGAGCUGCAGUAGCAUAUCAUCUUGCUCUGGCAGGAUGGGGAGAAAGAACUGUUCUGCUGGAAAGUAGCAGACUUGGUGGAGGAACCACAUGGCAUGCAUCAGGACUUGUUGGAGUUUUCAAACCCUCACUUCCUCAGGUGAGAUUAGCUCAAGAUAGCAUAGCUUUGUACAAAGAACUUGAAGCUAAAGGCUUGCAGACUGGUUGGAAACAGUGUGGCAGUCUUUCUUUGGCACGCACAGGUGAUCGCAUGACUGUUUUCAGGAGGAUGAAAGCACAAUCUGUAUCUCUGGAUAUAGAAUGCUAUUUAGUAUCACCUGAGGAGAUUCGAUCUCUUUGUCCUUUACUAAAAGUUGAUGAUCUCUAUGGAGGUCUUUGGAUUCCUGGUGAUGGUGUUGGUGAUCCUUACCAAAUUUGUUUAACCCUUAUUGCAGAAGCUGUGAAAAAUGGAAUUCGAGUUUAUGAAGACUGCAAGUUGUUAAAAAUUAAAAGCACAAAUGAGAAAGUGAAGGCAGUGGAAACUACUCGCGGAUCAAUCGAGUGUAAAUACUUUGUAAAUUGUACUGGCUUUUGGGCCCGAAGCGUAGGAAAACUGAGCGAACCUUAUGUUAAGGUUCCUUUACAUCCAGUAGAACAUUAUUAUUUGCAUACUAAACCAAUUCCUGGUUUGAAUCCAAUGACUCCAGUAGUUCGAGAUCUAGAUGGAUAUGUCUAUUUCCGUGAAAAUAAUGGGCGAAUUCUAGCAGGUGGCUUCGAACCUGUUGCUAAACCAGUAUUUGAAGAUGGAGUUAUACCUGAAAAUCCAAAUGAUCGUUAUUUACCACCUGAUUGGGAUCACUUUCAUGUACUACUAGAACAGAUGCUCCACAGGAUACCAAAGUUAAAUGACGCAAAGCUCGAGAUACUCUGCAAUGGUCCUGAAGCUUUUUCACCAGACUGUAAGUGGAUUAUUGGAGAAGCGCCCGAGAUUAGAAACUAUUACGUUGCUGCUGGAAUGAAAACAAUUGGAAUUUCAGCAGCUGGCGGAGUAGGUCGGGCCACUGCUGAGUUAAUCACUAAAGGAAUGACCUCUGUCGAUUUGUACGAGUUGGACAUAACGCGUUUCCUUGGUUUGCACAAUAAUCGUAAAUUUUUACGCGAUCGGGUGAAGGAAGUUCCAAGUUUGCAUUAUGGCCUCAUCUAUCCACAUCAUGAAUUUAAAACCGGUCGAAAUUUACGAAUGUCACCAAUUUACCCCAAGCUUAGAGAAGCAGGUGCUGUGUUUGGGCAAGUGAUGGGUUAUGAGAGGCCUACUUGGUUUUCGAACAGUAGCGAAGUCGAUAUAGAUCCUUGCGACGGUUCGCAAAAGUACAAGAUUGCUUACACCAAUACAUUUGGCAAACCGCCUUGGUUUAACCAUGUAGAAAAUGAGUACGCUGCGUGCAGAGAAACAAUAGGUCUAAGCGAUUAUUCUUCCUUUACUAAAAUCGAUCUUUGGUCGAACGGAACCGAAGUAGUAGACUUUCUGCAAUACUUAUGCUCAAACGACGUUGAUGUACCAGUUGGAAGCAUCAUCCACACGGGAAUGCAAAAUCAUCGAGGUGGUUACGAAAAUGAUUGCAGUUUGGCCCGGAUAGCUCCAAAUCAUUAUAUGAUGAUAGCGCCAACGAUCCAGCAAACUCGCUGCAAGUUCUGGCUAAAAAAACAUUUGCCUUCCGACGGCUCUGUGGCCGUGUCGGACGUCACUUCGGCUUACACGGCUAUUUGCAUUAUGGGACCUGCUACACGUCAAUUACUGUCGGAACUGACUGAUACUGAUUUGAAUCCGAAAAACUUUCCAUUUUUUACUUUCAAGGAGUUGGACGUUGGAUUAGCUAACGGUAUUAGAACUAUGAAUUUAACGCACACUGGAGAACUUGGAUAUGUUCUGUACAUUCCUAAUGAAUUUGCAUUACAUGUCUAUACACGCUUGAUAGAGGCUGGCGAAAAGUACAAAAUUAAACAUGCUGGUUAUUACGCUACGAAAGCCUUGCGAGUUGAAAAGUUCUACGCUUUUUGGGGACAAGAUCUAGAUACGUUUACCACACCCUUAGAGUGCGGUCGGGCGUGGAGAGUCAAGUUCGAUAAAGGAGUGAACUUUAUUGGCAGAAAUGCUUUGUUGAAGCAACGAGAUACAGGUGUGAAACGACAAUACGUUCAGUUGCUGCUCAACGACCAUGAUCCUGACAUCGAUACUUGGUGUUGGGGUGGUGAACCGAUUUACCGAAAUGGACAGUAUUGUGGAAUGACGACAACUACUGGAUACGGCUUCACGUUUAAAAAGCAGGUUUGCUUGGGUUUCGUACAAAACUUAGAUGCUCAAAAUCAAUCUCAAACCGUCACCAAUCAGUACGUUUUAUCAGGAGAUUACGAAGUAGACAUAGGCGGUAUAAGAUAUCAUGCAAAGUGCCACCUUCACAGUCCGAAUUUGCCUACAAAGUUCCCUGAUCAAGAACGAGACGCCUAUCACGCUACUCGAGAUCAUCAAACAGUAUGAUAAAAUUCAGUUUAAAAGCUAAUGAACAUUACAUUAUCAUUUUAAUGAAUUAUUACCAUCGCCUGUAUACUUGUAUUAUUGAGAUAAUAGAAUUAAAAAUUUUUAAAUAAAAUAUGUUAUUGUUAAGGACACAAAGGUAAUAAAUAUUGUAUUUCUUUGUUCGAUUAAUGCCCUAUA